UCUUUUGGCGGGUAAUUUGGUAUUUUGCAGGCUGGAUGUUUGCUGCAGGCAGCAAGAAAGCAGUUUGCACAGUGGCUUAGUCGGUAUAGACAGUCUAUCAGUAACGUGGAGCAGGUCUAGUUUGGGGCUUAGCUAUAUUUCGUAUUGGAAGUCCCAUUUCACUGAAUAUAUUUUGAUAUUCAAUCACAAAUAUGCCUUGCUCAGAGGUUGCAGAAGCCGUGUCUCCGUCCAAGAAGAGCAGAACUGAGUUACUGACGGACCUCUCAAGACCUGUCCUGAAGUUUGCAAAGUUGACCGAACAUGCGACUGUUCCUACUCGGGGAUCCGCCAAAGCUGCUGGUUAUGAUUUGUACAGUGCCUACGACUGCUCCAUUGGGCCCAUGGAUAAAGCCAUUGUGAAAACUGACAUUCAAAUUGCAAUCCCCCAUGGAUGCUAUGGAAGAGUAGCCCCUCGCUCCGGACUGGCAGCAAAGCACUUCAUAGAUGUUGGGGCUGGUGUUGUGGACGAGGACUACCGAGGGAAUGUUGGGGUUGUGCUCUUCAACUUCAGCAAAGAGACGUUUGAAGUUAAGAAGGGGGACCGGAUAGCUCAACUGAUCUGCGAGAGGAUCUGCUAUCCAGAUCUGGAAGAACUCGAGUCACUGGAUGAGACUCAGCGCGGUGAAGGUGGAUUCGGCUCAACUGGGCGCAACUAACUGGCACUCUUUAUGUUUUUAUACUUGAAUGUAAUGUUAUGUACUGUAUUUGUGAAGCAAUAAUAAAGGUCAUAUUUUGGAAAUGUA